GGAUGAAUAGUGGUUUUAUGUUGUCCAUUCCAUUACUUUCCCACUAUACCUUUAGGAAGUCUGAGUUUACCGGAAGACAUGACAAGGUCAUCUCACUUUUUGGUAAUUUCACGGAAGUACAAAUCGAAAAGUUCAUAUAACACCUCACCUUGACGUGCCGACAGGCUACAGUAGACGUGAUUGCGGUUGGAUUUGGAGGGAAAUUGCUGCUUAUAGAUUUGGCACCCCAAGGUUGGGAUGCUGCAUGCACGUGCAAGGGCUCGAUGGAUAUCUCCCAUUUGUGGCUGUAAACACACACCAAGCAAGGGUCUCUAGAAGAUGUUUCAUUUGAUAAAGAAAGACAAGGAGAAGGAGAAGAAAGACAAAAAGGACAAGAAAGAGCGCAUGUCCCCUGCCGAGUUGAAGAGUCUGGAAGAGAUGAGCGUACGUCGAGGCUUCUUUCACCUCAAUCGGGGGAGCUCCAAGAAGGAAUCAAGGAGCAAGUUGGAGAUCUCAGGUCCUAUUCCUAUUAAGGUGGCAAGCAGCCAGGAUCUGGGCCUGACACACCUGGAUGCUGAACACCUGAACAGCUGCGACACCUUAGCGCAGGAUGUGUUACCUGGUGAGGAGAUGAAGGAUGUUGACCACGACCAAAUACGCAGCUCUGUGAAGGAGAGAGCGGCUAAGUUUGGGGAAUUAGCGAGGGUGAAUUCUGGAGCAAGCCUCCGGUAUCUAGCUAGCUCUCAGAGGAACAACGCAUUUGAUGCUUCUAGACUUUAUGGGCAGAAAUUGAGGCCGCAAAUAUUUUACCAAGGCAGCAAAGCACAAAACCCAUACGGGGUUCACAUACCCGAGCUGGUGGAAAAGACCUUCCCAGGGGUUGACCUGCAGUUGCCUGCGCUCGUUGCACCCCCGAUACCCCACCCGAGAGAACUGAAGCUAAAGCGGCGCAACACUGGGGAUUUUGGCUUCUCUUUGAGGCGGACCACCAUGCUGGACAGGCAGCCUGAUGGAGGCGUGUGUCGGCGAGUGGUGCACUUCGCAGAGCCCGGUGCUGCUGCCAAGGACCGGGCGCUGGGCCUGGUGCCAGGAGACAGGCUGGUGGAGAUCAAUGGGAUCAAGGUUGAGAACAGGAGCAGGGAUGAGAUUGUGGAGAUGAUCCGUCAAUCUGGAGAGUCUGUGCGGCUGAAGGUGCAGCCCAUUUUGGAGCUGAGUGAGUUGAAUCACAGCUGGCUGAGGACCUCGCAAGGCCACAACAAGGAAGCCUUAAAUCCCAAGCCUUCUGAGGACCCUGUGGCCAUUCUACAAGCGGCACACUCAGCGGCAAAGCAGGGCAAGACAGAAGAGCACAUUGCAGCAGAACGAGCCUGGUACAACACUGAAAAAGUAUGGCUUGUCCACAAGGAUGGAUUUUCCUUGGCAACUCUCCUGAAGACCGAAGCGGGCAGUCUGCCAGAGGGGAAGGUGAAAAUCCGCCUGGAGAGUGAUGGAUCUUUAUUAGACGUGGAUGAAGAUGAUGUGGAGAAGGCAAAUCCUCCAUUGUUUGAGCGAGUGGAGGACCUGGCCUCUCUCCAGUACUUAAAUGAGUCCAGUGUGAUGCACUCACUACGGCAGCGCUACGGCGGCAACCUGGUGCACACCUACACCGGGACCAACAUGGUGGUCAUUAACCCCAUUAGUGCCCCUUCCAUGUACUCUGAGAAGGUGAUGCAAAUGUUUAAAGGCUGUAGAAGAGAGGACAGCGCCCCCCAUAUUUACAGCAUGGCCCAGUCUGCCUAUCGGAACCUCCUGACCACUCGCCAGGAUCAGUCCAUUGUCUUAAUGGGCAAAAGUGGCAGCGGCAAGACGACAAACUGUCAACACAUCAUCCAGUAUCUUGUCACCAUUGCCGGCAGCACCAACAAAACCUUUUCAAUGGAGAAGUGGCAGGCGGUGUACACACUUUUAGAAGCCUUUGGGAAUGCUUCCACCUGUAUGAAUGGGAAUGCGAGCCGCUUCUCCCAUAUUGUUUCUUUGGAUUUUGACCAGUCAGGCCUGGUGACUUCAGCCUCUAUUCAGACAAUGCUUCUGGAGAAGAUGAGGGUGACAAGAAGACCAGAGGGCGAGUCCACUUUUCAUGUGUUUUACUACCUAAUGGCUGGAGUCGACAGCUCUCUCAGAACGGAGCUUCACCUCAACCACUUUGCUGAAAACAACGUAUUUGGGAUCAUGCCACCGACCAAGGUGGAGGACAAGCAGCGGGCUUCCCAGCAGUUUUCCAAGCUGCAAGCAGCCAUGAAGGUCCUUGGGGUCAGUAAUGAUGAACAGAGAGCCUUUUGGCUUGUCCUGGGGGCCAUCUACCACCUGGGAGCUGCAGGGGCAACUAAAGCUGGCAGGAAACAAUUUGCACGUCACGAGUGGGCCCAGAAGGCAGCCUACCUGCUAGGCUGCACCCUGGAAGAGCUCUCCUCCUCCAUCUUCAAGCACCAGGCCAAGGGCACCCUGCCCAGAUCCAGCAGCAUCCGCCAGGCUUGGGAGGAAAGUGGCACAGCAGACGCAGGAUCCAAAGCUUCAGCCACGGAGUGUUUAGAGGCCAUGGCGUCUGGCUUGUACUCUGAACUCUUCACCCUCAUCGUUUCUUUAAUAAACCGGGCCUUGAAAUCAAGCCAACUUCCCUUGUGCUCUCUGCUCAUCGUGGACACGCCGGGCUUUCAAAACCCCAGGCUGGUUAAGCGUGAUUGUGGCGCAACUUUUGACGACCUUUGCCACAACUACACCCAAGAACGUCUGCAGAGCCUCUUCUACCAGCGCACCUACCUUCAGGAGUUGGAGCGAUACAAGGAGGAGAACAUAGAAAUCAUCCUGGAUGACUCCGAGGCCAACACGUCUUUGUCCGUGGCCGUGGUGGACCAAGCAUCAAGCCAAUCACUUGUGCGUAGCGGACAAACAGAUGAGGCCCGUGGGCUCCUGUGGCUGAUGGAGGAGGAGGUUCUGCAGCCUGGGGCAUCGGAGGAAACGCUGCUGGGACGCCUUUUUAGCUACUACGGCCCAGCUGAAGGCGAGGCCAAAGGUCAUACUUUCCUCCUGAAGAGUGAAAAAGAUAACCACUUCCUGCUAGGCCACAGUCACGGUACUGACUGGGUGGAGUAUAACGCCAGAGGAUGGCUGAACUACGCCAAGCAACAUCCCGCCUCAACCAACGCCAUCAGCCUCCUGCAGGACUCCCAGAAGAAGAUCAUCAGCUCCUUGUUCAUGAGCAGAGCAGGUGGAGCGACGGUGCUGUCGGGCUCCAUCGCGGGUCUGGAGGGCGUUUCCCAGCUGUCCUUGCGACGGGCCUCGAGCAUGAGGAAGACCUUCACUUCAGGCGUGGCGGCUAUCAAGAAGAAGUCCGUGUGCAUACAAAUAAAGCUUCAAGUGGAUGCUUUGCUGGACAUGGUGCGGAGGUCCAGGAUUCACUUUGUUCACUGCAUAGUGCCCAAGGCGGACGCCCUCAAAGCUCUAAGUGGAUCCUUCUUCAAAGGUGGAGAAAGUGAUUCUCAGGGGGAGGGUGGAGAUUGUGCUUUAAUGCAGCUAGAUGUGGCCUUGCUCCGCGCUCAGCUGCGUGGAUCCAAGCUGCUUGAUGCUCUGCGGAUCUAUAGACAAGGUUACCCCGACCACAUGGUGUUCUCUGAGUUUCGCCGACGUUUUGAUGUGCUGGCGCCGCACCUCACCAAAAAGCACGGGCGGAAUUACAUCGUGAAGGACGAGCAGAGAGCUGUGGAGGAGCUGCUGGAGAGUUUGGAUUUGGAGAAGAGCAGUUACCACAUGGGUGUGAGCAGGUUAUUCUUCAAAGCUGGCACUUUGGCUAGAUUGGAGGAACAAAGGGAUGAGCAAACCAAGCGCAAUCUAAUCCUAUUCCAAGCUGCAUGUCGGGGUUAUCUGGCACGGCAAGCCUUCAAGAAAAGAAAGAUUCAGGAUCUAGCAAUUCGCUGCAUCCAGAAGAACAUCAAGAAGAACCGUGGUGUGAAGGACUGGCCAUGGUGGAAAGUCUUCACCACAGUCCAGCCACUCAUUAAGGUUCAGCUCUCCGAGGAGCAGAUGAGGAGCAAAGAUGACGAGAUCCAGAUGCAGAAGACAAAGCUGGAGAAGGUGGAGAAGGAGCGUAACGAGCUGAGACUGAACACGGAUCGUCUGGAGAGCAGGAUUGCAGACUUGUUGGCAGAACUGGCUGAUGAGAGGAGCACAAGUGAGUCAGCAUCCCAGCUGCUGGAGAGUGAGACCGCAGAGAGACUCCGCCUGGAGAGGGACAUGAAGGAUCUGCAGGUGAAGUUUGAUGCCGUGAAGAAGCAAAUGGAAACCCAGGAGAUGGAGGUGAUGGAAGCUCGGCUCAUGAAAACAUCAGAACUCAACGGGGAACUGGACGCUGAUGAUGAUGCUGGAGGAGAGUGGCGGAUAAAGUACAACAGAGCCAUUCGGGAAAUGGAGUUCACCAAGAAGAAACUCCAGCAGGAUUUUGAUGACAAGCUGGAAACGGAGCAGCAGAACAAAAGACAUCUUGAGAGACGGCUGGCCGACUCGAAGACGGACAACGAGGACGUGCAGCGCUCGGUGCAGCAGCUGAAGAAGAAGUGCCAGAAGCUGACGGCUGAGCUGCAGGACACCAAACGCCACCUGGAGGGCCUCCACAGCCGCAACCAUGAUUUGGAAAAGAAACAGAAAAAAUUUGACACUGAGCAGAACCAGGCCCAGUCUGACGUCCAAAGAGAAAAGAGUCUGCGGGAGAAGCUGUCUCGAGAGAAAGACGCAAUGACAACGGAGAUGUUUAACCUCCACCAGCAGCUUCAGGAAAAGGACUCGGACUUGUCUGCUGCCAACGUGAAGGUGCAGCAGCUGGAAGCCGAACUGCAGGAUCUGUCUUCACAGGAGUCCAAGGAUGAAGCCUCACUCGCCAAGGUCAAGAAGCAGCUUCGUGACCUUGAGGCCAAGGUGAAAGACCAAGAGGAGGAGCUGGAUGAACAGGCUGGAAGUAUCCAGAUGCUGGAGCAGGCUAAGCUGCGUCUUGAGAUGGAGAUGGAAAGGCAGCGCCAGAGCCACUCCAAAGAGAUCGAGAGCAAGGAUGAAGAGGUGGACGAGAUCAGGCGGUCCUGCAGUAAGAAGCUGAAACAGAUGGAGGUGCAGCUGGAGGAAGAGUACGACGAUAAGCAAAAAGUGUUGCGCGAGAGACGUGAGCUGGAGUCCAAACUGCUGAGCGCACAGGACCAGGUGAGCCAGCGGGACGUGGAGACGGAGAAGAGGCUGAGGAAGGACUUGAAGAGAACUAAAGUCCUGCUGGCAGAUGCUCAGAUUAUGUUGGACCACCUGAAGAGUAACGCCCCGAGCAAGAGGGAGAUUUCCCAGUUCAAGAAUCAACUGGAGGAGUCCGAGUUCACGUGUGCGGCGGCAGUGAAGGCUCGAAAGGGCAUGGAGUUGGAAAUAGAGGACUUGCAUAUACAAAUGGAAGACGUGGCCAAAGCCAAAGCGGCGCUGGAGGAGCAGGUGAGCCGCCUUCAGCGAGAGAAGAACGACGUGCAGUCUCGCAUGGAGGAGGACCAGGAGGACAUGAAUGAGCUGAUGAAGAAACACAAGGCCGCCGUCUCCCAGUCUGCCAGAGACUUGGGCCAAAUCAGUGACCUGCAGGCGCAGCUGGAGGAGUCCACCAAGGAGAAGCAGGAGAUGCAAGAGAAGCUGCACUCGCUGCAAAGUCAGCUGGAGUUUCAGGAGCAGUCCAUGGUGGACAAGUCUCUGGUGAGCCGUCAGGAGGCCAAGAUCCGUGAGCUGGAGACCAAACUGGAGUACGAGAGGACGCAGAUUAAACGUCUCGAGAGUCUGGUUGGUCGUCUGAAGGAGAACCUUGAGAAGAUGAUGGAGGAGAAAAACCAACGUAUUGCUUCAGAGAACAGGGAGAAGGAGCAGAAUAAGCGCAUGCAGAGACAAAUACGAGACAUCAAAGAAGAAAUGGCUGAAGUAUCUAAGAAGGAAACUGAGGCCAGCCGAAAGAAACACGAGCUGGAAAUGGACAUUGAGAGCUUAGAGGCAGCCAAUCAGAGUUUACAAGUGGACCUUAAACUGGCCUUCAAGAGGAUCGGUGACCUGCAGGCCGCCAUCGAGGAUGAAAUGGAGAGCGAUGACAAUGACGACCUCAUCAACAGUUUGCAAGACAUGGUGACAAAGUAUCAGAAAAGAAAGAACAAAACCGGGGAUGAGACAGACACAGACUCUGAGGUGGAGGACCGAGUGGAUGGCGUUAAGUCCUGGCUCUCCAAGAACAAAGCCUCCUCUAAAGCCCAGUCAGACGAAGGAAGUCUGAAGAGCGCCAGAUAUUCAGCAAAUGCAGAUGGCAAAGAUGGGAAAGAAGGUAAGGAGAAGACAAGUGAUGGAAGUCCAGAUGGCAAAGAUGUAGAGCACAGCAGGUCUGUCUCUGUCAUGAGCUCCCUGAGCUACCGGAAGCGUUCCAACCUCAAAGACUCCAUAGGGGGCACGGGCGAUGAGAGCUCCCUCUUUAGCACGCUAAAAGAACAGCCCGACACACCCGACCACACCUCCAUCCGCAAAGCCAAGUCCAAGGAUCUCCAGGAAGACUGGAAGAAGAGCCAAGCACAGGAAGACAUUGAUGACAAAGGCUCUGUCAUCUCCAUGGCUUAUUCCGAGGCUACCAGCAGAGCGAGGAAGGGUCUGGAGUCACGCUGGACCUCCCGAAGCAGCCCUGAGUUUGAUAAAGACUCUAUGGUGUCUUCUGUGGCUCCCAGCAGGAUGUCCACCAGGAGGGGGAUGUUGGAUGAUGACAACAAGUCCACCAUCAGCAGCGUGAGCCACUCCACCCCACGAUCUCUGCAUCGUAGCAGCUCUUGGAGAGACGACAGGCGCAGCAGUUCCCGCCUGUCCGUCGCUCGUAGCUGUGGCCUCAGUGAGUUUGGUGUUCAUGUAGAUGAUGAUGAUGAUGAUGAUGGGCAGAGUGUGGCGUUUACAGAAGGAGGGACUUCCCCUUACAGUCCUCGCUCCCACACCCGUAGCCUCUCCACCCCUGCACGACCUCGUUCUUCUGACGGCAACCCGCCAGAUACGUCUGACAUCAAGCCUGUUACGCACCGGAACUACUUGGACCCGGACUUGGAGGCUGCCAUUAACGAGGUGCUCAGCUUCAAACCUAUAAAAUUCAAGCGAAGCAAGCUUGAUGAGUCCAGCGAUGAGAACGCAGAUGAGAAUAAGGACGUGGGAAGCAAGGAUGGCAGGAAGAAGGGAGAUGAUGAAGGACUGGGUUGCAGCAAACCCAGCGUGCUUUGCUCAGCAUCCAACUCCGCUCUGGACUACGCAAGUCGACCUUCCAGCACCCUCAGUACCGCUUCUCGCAGUCGUAAGGAUAAAAAAAGCAAACUCUCUCCAUCGGAUGACUCAUCUUCAGACGAUCGUCACAGCAGGAGGAGCUCGAGGCGAAAGAAGGGCAAAAAGUCCGAGAAGAGAUCCAAGAAGAAGGAGAGCGAGUCAGAGGAUUCCUCCUCAUCCUCAGAGUCAUCCGAGUCCUCCUCUUCCGAUUCCACUGUCUCAUACCGCAGCUCCAACAGCGUGAAGAAGAGCCCCAGACAGCCGUCUGAUGAUGAGAAGGGAAAUGGGAGCGGUGGGACGUCCAGCAAGAGGAAGCAGAAGAAGGUGGAUAACUUGAUGAUGAAGUACCUCUACAGGCCCGACAGUGACUGACAGCAACCCAGCAAGGUGAUGCCUGCUGUGACAAUAACCUUGGAAUCUCACUGAAACUCAUCCUGGAUCUCCCACUUAGCAGACUAACAUGCUAACAUGCUAACUACCUGCAUGUGCAUCCUGCCCUCACUCUGGCAUGUUGUCCUUUUAAAGCGCUAACUUGACGUGAGGCGCCUUCACACUGGAUAGCGUUGCUAGCUUUAACUGUUUGAUUGCAUGUCAUCGGUGCCAUCUGCACUCUGGUGUGAACCAAACCUGUAGAACCAGACCACUUACGCCACAAAAGUGCUCCGGCUAAAAGCACAGACUUGUGUUGAAGGCAGAAGAACCUCAGGAAGCAUCACAACAUCUCUGACAGUUCAUUCUCAAUCGCAGCUGGCCUCAUGUGAGCAGGCUUCAUCAGUUCAUGCUCAUCGACGAGCUGGGACAACUCACUAGGUAGGACUGGACUGGUCUUCCGAGACAACCUGGACGGUCCAGUUGCGAUGGAUUCAGUGCCCUGAGGAUACAAUGACGUGACGAAUGAGAAUAUUCACACAGUAAAGUCCAGCACCGUCAUCAGAGCAUCCAUCUCCUUGCAGCGUAUCUCCAACUUGGAGGUGCUAAGUGAAUCAGAACCAAAUGGACGGUGCAGCAGUAACUGUGUGUCAUUUAUUUAUUUAUUCAUCCUAUCAUAACCGGACUAUGAGAGGAACGGCCACGUAAGCACCAAUAACCCUUUUAAAAACCUGAAUAUUACACCUGGAUCCUUUCCUAACCCGAAUAUUGGGUCAUGUGUACUCCUAUCGGGAUAUCCCGAUGGAAAGGGGCAUUCAUUUGCGUUGCGUGCAUGUUCUAUUGGAAAGGAACCUCGUGUCUUUGGCAGGAACUACUUGUAAACGUGGCGAAACGCAAAAGCCCACACUUUUGGAGGGAGGGGGAAACAAGCCACCUGGUUAGUGUGGUGAAACAGGAACAUCAUGUCUUGUAUCGACGCUAGAAAGGACCGCCUUUGCCAAAUCCAUCAGAAGGUGAGCCAGAAGUUACGUGAAGCAGGGUUUGUGCGCAUGCACCUUCAUCCGACGUGUCCGGGGGGCCUGUGGUGGAUGGCAUAGCUCCGCCUCCAUUUCCUAUUUCUUCACGUUCUCGCCUUCCAUUAAUUAAGAAGGUGAGACAGAAUAGUGUUCAGUACUGCUGGUGGGUCAGUACCAGCAUCAAAGUGCAAACAAAGGCGUUCUUUGUCCGUCGUGCCGGUGUUGGUGUUGGUGUUGUUUUGGUAAACGUAGCGAUGCUGCUUUGGUGAGAACUGGAAGACAACAACAAAUCACCCAAGCACUUCCUUGCUUUUGCAGUCACAGCUAAACCCUGAAGGCUAUCAAUACCUUGGAGUCCAAAGUCCAAGAACAGCAUGUUAACCGGAGACUCCAAGCCAGGGGUGUUCAACUAAAAGGUACACUUCCAGAAAAUGUUCCUGGGCAAAGGUCUGGCGCUUUAGCGUUUUACUUCUAGAAUGUGCCACAGGCUGCAAAUGGCCACAUUUUGGACACCCCUGCUUUCAAGUCUGUGAGCAACCACAGCUCUUGUCGACUUUUUAGCCUGUUGUCUUCCCCUUCGCUAAUGAACCAUGGUGACUGCAGACCGUUCACGGAGGUGGUCCGUACGCCCUCUGAACGGCUCGUAUACACACAGGAAAUGUUCGUAUGUUCCACAAGCCGACCAAUCACAGCCUCUACGGUCUGUGUCGCCUCGGCACGAGGUUUGACUUUCUUGGGGGUGCGGAGAGAAGAAAGAAAUGUAACAAAAUGCGUGGAGUGGAGUGUCAUCUCCGGGUAGAGGAUGAGAUGCUGCCCCAAGGAGGAGUUGAAGCUCCUCGGGGUCUUGUUCACGAGUGAGGGAAGGAUGGAACGCGAGACGGACAGGCGGGUUGGGGUAGCACCUGCAGGGAUGGCCCACAUUGUUCCACUGUGGUGAAGAGGGAGCUGAGCUGAAAGGCAAAGCUCUCAAUUUAGCGGUGGAUUUACGUUCCUACCCUCACCUAUCAUGAGCUUUGGGUCGUUACCGAAAGGACAAGAUUGCGGGUCCAAGUGGACAAAAUGAGUUUUCUCCGUAGGGUGGCUGGGCUCUCCUUUAGAGAUAAGCUGAGAAGCUCUGUCAGGAGCACUGCUCCUCCUCAUUGGGAGGAGCCAGAUGAGGUGGCUCACGCACCUGGUCAGGAUGCCUCCCUGGGGAGGUGUUCAAGUCAUUCUGGUUAGAUCAUGAGCUAGCCACUGAAAUAACCAACUGGAAGUUCAUUUGUGUCACGAUGCCAACAUUUUGUGUUAUAAAUGUAACAUUUCUUACAUUUUCCAUCGUAACGUGAAAGCUGCAAAGGGAAACAGUCCCACUGCCGCCAACCGUGGGCGUGUGUGCUCGGGCAUGUGGUGCCGUGGAUGUAUGAAACACCUGCAUUGAACUCUGCUGGCCUUCAACAUGAAUGAGUUGUCAUGGAAACAUCAGCCACUGUACAUUCUUCAAAGCUUGUCGAAGAAUAGUCUGACAUGAAAGAACAUAGACUUCCUGCAUGCAAGCGUUACCAGCAGGGGUGCAUGGUAAUUAUUGGACUCAUGUGAGGGAAUCAUGACGUCAUACCCAUAAAUCCCAUAACAUUAAAAAUACCUCCCAUAACUGAUUGCACACAAAAAACCUUGUCAGCCGCCUGAAACGCCAGAAAAGUGCAAAAGGUUUGCCGGACACCUCCUUGCCGUCACGCCGGCCCCUCGGAGCAUGUGCCCGAAUACAGUGCACCUUGCUGGGCCACGGCACGUGGCUCCUCCCCCCCGUACUCUGGUUCUCCUGGUAGUUGUGAUGUCAGGAUAUUUCAACAGGUACACUUGGUCACAUCCUCGUUUGCUCCUGUCCUUCUUAGCUCCAGGUGUGCACGAACACUUAAUCUACAUUUUAAAAAGUAGAUAUCAGUUAUCCGUAUCAUAUCUCUAGUUCCCAGUACGUUAUCUUUGUGUUUGCUGUAUUUCAAAUAUAAACUCGUGUGUGUGUGUGUGUGUGCGUGCACGUGUGUGUGUUUUGAACUUUCCAGCCCUCCCGCAGCCAGGCGACAUCCGACCCUCGGCAGGUCUGACCAAGAGGACGAGGUGGACUGAAACAGCAGCAGGCAGCCACCAAGGCUGAGCGGCAUUGAGGGCAGGCUGGCCGUGGGCGCAACGUAACCCAAACUCGGGUCACCUUGUGCUCUCGAGUGAAACCAGACACGGGAGGGAGAGCAUCCCGCAGAGAUAACUGCUUUUUGGAUACUCUUAAUUUGUGGAUUAUGCCAUUUUUGUUCUUCAUCCCCCCUUUCAUGCAUCAUAUUGACGUUAGGCAGAAGUCAAGUUGAGAUAUUUUGCAGGAAAAGGUUCUUGCUGCUUGUGUAUUUUAAAGAGCUGCUUUUCAGGCACAUUUAAGCAUUCCUCUGCACUUCCUGUCUACUCAGCCCUGCCAAGAGGAUUUAGAUAAGCCUGCUCUGGAUGGACUUCUCCAAGAAAGUCCGACCAACUGCUGAGACUUCUCUUAUCUCUUCCUUAUUCACGUGGACGAGCACAGGGGGCUCCUUUUUCAAGUAAUGACCACGCACCCGCAUUGACAUGUAAUUGACUUGAUACAUUUGAAAAAGAAGUGUAAAAAUGGCAUCCCAUCAUUUCAAGCAUGCAUUGUGUGCGAUGUGCAUUUGUGUUUGUUUAACACUUUUCAUCACAUUGUGGAAUGUAGGGGGGGUUCAUGUGGAGGAGCACCUCCUUUCGGAGGGACGUUAUUUGCUUGUGCUUUUUAUGUGCAGAUAUGAAAUGUUUUUUCUAUGCAUGCGCAUUUCAUUCAUUGUCUUUCAUUCUAAUUGAUGGAGUUCAUAUCUUUGAAGGCCAAGCUUGUCGCUGUUGCAUAUUUCAACUUUAGAAUAUUUAGCGGGGGUGUCACGAGACAAGACGCUGCACGAGAUUGGGUCUACGAGAGGAGGCAAGAUUUUAACUUUUAAGAAAAGUACAAUGAAAAAAGACAAUAUAUUACACUCUGCUAAUGUCAUUUCUUCUAUGCUACACUCUGUGUGAAUGCCAGUGGCCCCGCCUCCUGCCACCAAGACAGAGACGAUGACUGACAAAAGGGCUCACUCCAUUCAAGCCGUUGUUCUAUGGAACAAACGCACCAAGGUGCUGAAAGCCAUGCACAGAGUGAACUCUCUUGCUGCCUGUUUGGAGGCGAGAGACGUGGCAACAUAUUGUUUAGCAACAUAUUGGUUAGCAGCAUAUUGGUUAGCAACAUAUUGGUUAGCAGCAUAUUGGUUAGCAACAUAUUGGUUAGCAGCAUAUUGGUUAGCAGCAUAUUGGUUAGCAGCAUAUUGGUUAGCAGCAUAUUGGUUAGCAACAUAUUGGUUAGCAGCAUAUUGGUUAGCAGCAUAUUGGUUAGCAACAUAUUGGUUAGCAGCAUAUUGGUUAGCAGCAUAUUGGUUAGCAGCAUAUUGGUUAGCAGCAUAUUGGUUAGCAGCAUAUUGGUUAGCCUCUUCAUUGUCGCUUAUUGUGUGAUUCGGUGGUUUGUUUAUUAAGGUUAUUAAGGUCGCCCGGCCGAGUGCCCACGAGACUGAAAUCUUGUCCUGUUGUUGACUGGCGACCGGUCCAGGGGGUACCCCGCCUCUCACCCAAAGUCAGCUGGGAUAGGCUCCAGCAUACCCCUGUGACAUAGAAGAUGGAUGGCUGGAAGUCUUGUCACGGUUUAUUUAGCCUGGCGAGGUCAUGUGACACCCCCAACAUUUAGUGCCAAAUUGUGCAGUUUUCUGUUUUCUGAAGCUUCUUCUUUUGAGUGAUAGACGGAGCAAAUCGAUACGAAGCAAACACAAACAGUUCGUGCUUUGGUACGCAGCACAUCAGAAAAGAUGUCCAUCAGUGUUUUUCAAAGUAAAAGCUGGCGCGUGUGAAUAUCUUAUUUGACCUAAAACACAAACAUAGCAGCUCUGCUUUCAUGCAUUUCAAAUAUUCACAUUUUAGAGGCUGAAAUCAGAGGAUAUUUACAUUUCUGCACCAAAAAAAACAUAAUUGAUUAAUGGUUGAUUUAUUGCCGACUUGUUGUGGCUGUAGUGUGGAUUUAAUAUGUCAAAGGUCAAAGCAUCACAUGGGUUGAGAUCGCAAAGUGAAGUUUCCUUCUGUUUGUUGACUUUGUCGUGACCUCAUUGUCGGGGUGUAACGCUCCACAAACAUCACGGCUCAUUUUGGCUUUUGUUUUCUUCUCGCUUUAUCUUGAACUUGAUUGAAAUGUUUGCACUCUGUCCCCCCCGCAUCGUUGGAAUGAAAACAGUAGAGAUAUUGACA